AUGUCGUCUUCAUUGCGAAAGUGCCAGGGCUUGAUGAAUUCCCUCGCCUCUGAUCUGAAGGAGGCUGGAGAGUCCUCCACAUUGACCCAGGCCGUCUCUCGGGACAUGUUAUUUCCCCGGAUAGGUCUAUCUCAGUCCGUGCCGCUUCCGGGUUUCGUCCUCUACGCCGAGGCCCGACUUCCUUCGGUGGACGUAGGCGGAACCGGGGAGAGCUUCUCGCGGAACGACGCGGCGAUCCCGUCAGACACUGUCGGUCCGGGCACCACAGAUCCUCUGCGGGUGAUCCCGACACAGGUGGUAGACUACCUACUCGAGAUCUAUAUCUCGAGAUGUAUGGCAUCGCACCCCAUCUUUUACGAGCCAUGGCUUCGAGCGUGUCAUGCAUCCGUCAUCCAUCCCGGAGAGAGCGGCAAUAACAUGGCUCCGAGCACACCUUACGAGCAGUAUACUAUAAGCCUGGUGAUGGCAGUAGCCUUAUCCACUGCAGCACGUUCCAACAGAAGGGAAGCCGGCGAGAUGGCUUUCGAGCUAUUUAAGAACGCACUGAGGCACAUGUCAGAAGUCACCACCAAUGACUUCGCCGGCCUGCAAGCCCUUGUCUUGCUGCAUUCAUACGCCGUCAUGAACCCAACGGCAGCUAACCUUUACUUCCUCGGCGGCUAUACCACCCAAUUAUGUAUCGACCUCGGUCUUCACAGGGAAGACUUGACCUCGCAAAGUGAUGACAUCAUCGCUCGAGAUAUCAAGCGGCGCGUUUUUUGGACAGCAUGGGAGCUUGAUGCCUCAAGCAGCGCUGGGUUCGGGAGGCCCUUCGCCCUGCUUCCCCAAGAUAUCACCACGGGCUUCCCGACGGACUUUGCAGACGGUGCUAUUGGCCCGGAUUAUAUUGAUGAGCGGGGAAGCAGAUCAAAAUUCAUCUGCAACCGGGUCCGGGUAUUCCGUUUGAUUGAAACAGAGGUUAUAUCAAUCCUGUUCCACGAUCAUCCGUUUCCUCCCGGCAUGGACUCUCACGAAACUUGGGCCGCGGACGUCGAGGCACGCAUGAAUGCCUGGUUACAAGACAUUCAUCAUAAGGCACUGUCCAAUCAGGAUGCCCAGCUGAGUGUCAAGUGGGAGGAGAUGGCUCUAUUCGCAGAGAUCGCCACGCCCCUGAUCACAGUGGAUCUAUACCGCCCCUGCCCGAGGGUCAAGACACCGCAGCUAAACCAUCUCCUCAAGGCGUUUGAGGCCAGCAUCCAAGUCGUCCAGGGCUAUCGUAGGCAAGCGAGCACGGCAUUUGGAAGUCCAAAGUACACCUUUGGCCCAUGUCAUCACGUCUUUGCCUCAGCCAUGGUCUUUCUGCAUGCCCUCCGGACUUGCCCGUCCGCCCUAAGGUCUCACUACAGCGAUCUCGAGAUGGAAGCCUCGAUGACCGCCUUCUCAGACUUUUUCGCCGUCACUGCUGAGCGAUGGCCUGCAUCCUUGAAGUGCCUCGACGAGUAUCAGCGCAUCCUUGAGCCUCUGAAAGAGCGGUACUUUGAGGCCGAGCGUGCACUCAGCAGCAUUCCCCUAGACGAUCUACUACCGGCCAACGGUUUCUUGGGAUACGAGGACUUUGUGAUUGAUUCUGUCACUGCUGAAGAUUUCACUAGUUACUGGACGGGCCAAGAACUAACUUACCUCGACUGGGCAGACCAUUUUGAUCUCGAAGGAGCCGCUCAAUAG